AUGCACAAUUUUCAAUCUGAUAACAACAAAUAGAGGAAUUAUGAACUGAAGGAAGUCCUUAUCAAUAAAAAUUAAGAUCCUUCUUCUGAAAUAUAAAAUUUAGGAAAUCAAUGGAAUAUUAAAUUCAAUUAGAUAUAAAAAUACUUAAAGUCAUUGGAUCUCAAAGUUCCUGAGUUAGAAUUAAGAGGUUCUGAUGAAUAAUUCAGAAAAAAUAUCAAAGAUGAAAUAUAAAUAUGUGCAGCAGAAUCUAAAAUUUUGGGUAAGUUGUAUGAGAGAUUAGUAUAAAUCACAGUCAAUUCUCAAAGUGAUAAAAAUUUGAAAGAAAUACAUAUGGCAUAACAAAGGUAGUAAUUAGAACAAUUUUAAACAAAGUUUAAGAUUAUAGCUGAAAAAUAUGCAAAUAUAGAACAGAGAAAUUAAAAGUUAAAUAAAUUCUAGGAGCAUAGAUUUGAACAGGGAGUAGAUGCAGAACCUACAAGUGAGCGUUAAAGAUUGAGAAUAAACGAGUAAAGGCAUGAAUAAGAAAUGCUAGAAGCAAGAGCUAGAGAUUUACAAGAAGUUUUAUAAAACCUUUCUUAAGCAGUUUCUAUGAUUUAAGAUUUAGAUAACAAAGUUGCAGAGCAAGGAAUCUAAAUUGAAAAUAUGGUAGCAGUUGUAUAGGACACUCAAUACCAAACAGAAGAAACUGCCAAAAUAAUGGAAGAUACAAAAAAACUGACAAAUUCAACUACAAAUACUACUCUUCAACUGUGCUUAUUAGUUACUGUUAUUGUUGUAAUAUUAAUUUUAAUGAUAAGCAGUGGAGGCAGCAAGAGUUCUUCAUCUAAUAAUAACAAUAAUAAAUUACGAUUCUGA